AUGCCUCUUUCUACGGUACGUCACCAACUGUUGCGCAGGGCAGCGUUCGGAGUGCGCUCUCUGGCCUCUGUAUCGUCCUCGUCACCACCACCGAACCCAUACACCGUCGGUCCAUAUCAAAUAUUUGACCGAAAUGCAAAGCGAAUGCAGCGAGACCGCGCGGCGACGCGGGAGGGUGGCGAGAGGAGCAGGACUGUUGACUAUGUUCGCGAGGAAGUUGCAGUCAGGAUGAUGGAGAGGUUCAUGGAUAUCAAACGCGAGUUCAAUACAGUCGUAGACCUUGGGUCAGGUCCAGGACACUUCUCGAGACUGCUGUGGCCAGAGAAAGCAAAGAAAGCUAUAAUGCUGGAUUCAAGCAAGGCCACCCUUCACCGUGACCCUGAUGAAGAAUUCGAUGUUGAGGUCGAGCGAAUCCACGGCGACGAAGAAAACCUACUCCAAUAUCUUCCUAAAGACUCUCAAGAGGCUAUUGUCUCGUGUCUGAGCCUCCAAUGGAUAAAUGACCUCCCUGGAAUUCUCGUUCAGAUUAACCAAUCUCUUAAACCUGACGGGCUUUUCUUGGGUGCCAUGUUCGGCGGGGAAACCCUAUUCGAACUUAGAACAGCGUUACAGUUGGCCGAAGUAGAGCGAGAGGGUGGAAUUUCUCCUCAUGUCUCACCAAUGACAGACACGCGGGACGUCUCUAAUCUCCUCGGUCGAGCGGGUUUCACGCUUCUUACUGUGGACACCGAUGAGGUGCAAGUUGCCUAUCCCAGUAUGUGGGAACUGGUACAAGACUUACAGGAUAUGGGCGAAAGCAACGCUGUCAUCGGAAGACGUACCCAUGUUGGCCGCGAUACGCUUGCCGCUGCUUCUGCCAUUUACAAGGAACUGCACGGGAACGAAGAUGGAUCUAUUCCAGCCACUUUCCAGGUCAUCUACAUGAUCGGCUGGAAAAAGGCGGACUCUCAGCCGAAGCCGCUCGAGCGUGGAUCAGGAAAAGUGAACCUUAAAGAGGUCCUUUAGCUGACAUCUUAUGGAUGAACCGUUCUGCCUCCCGACUAGUCCUCCCUAGCAAGCGUCGCGGCCAGUUUUUUGGAACGCCGGCCGUGGCUCGAUGCCCACUAUGACGUACUAUUACACUAAAACGCCUUUGCCUCUUUUC